CAGAAUCAGCUCUCCAUUAAAAGAGUGAACAGGCUUCCCGAUAGUCGUCAAAUGCGUCUGGUAAGGGAGAGGAGACGUGAGCAGGACUCUACCUCGUCAUUGGCAGCUCCCCUGAACUGCCGGGGUCGACCGCCUUGCGAGUGCGGGCCAUUGUUCCGCGGCCUGGACGGGAGAUCUGGACAAUACCCCGAGUUCACCUCCACCACUCCAACAGAAGGCUAAGUUGGCGAUCGUUGGGAAAUAUAUCGUGUCACGAUGGUCAAAUCAACUCAGAUUGCCAGAAUUGAUGGCUUGAUGCUGGCGGCAUCAGUAGAUGAUGAACAUGCUGAAGUGGAGCUCUCUGAGAUCAAGUCUCAGGCUAAGAUGAUAUUCCGUCGGUUGAAUCGCAAUUCAGCACCGCAGGCCAGUAUCGAAUCCGGUCAAUUCAAUCUACACUAUCUCAUCAAGGACGAUAUCUGCUUCCUUUGUAUAUGCGAUCAUUCCUACCCCCGCAAGCUUGCCUUCACCUAUCUGGCCGACCUCGCAACCGAAUUCACCACUACAUACUCCCCGUCGCAAUACCAGUCCCCAACUCUGCGCCCAUAUGCCUUUGUGGAAUUUGACACCUUCAUCCAGCGCACCAAGAAGCUCUACCAGGAUAGCCGCGCAUCGCAGAAUCUCGACCGUUUGAACGAUGAGCUCCGAGAUGUGACGAAGGUGAUGACCAAGAACAUUGAGGACCUUCUAUACCGAGGUGAUAGCUUGGAGCGGAUGGGUGAGUUGUCUGGCCGUCUACGAGAAGACAGCAAGAAAUACAGAAAAGCCGCGGUGCGGAUCAACUGGGAGUUGUUGGUCAAGCAGUAUGGACCGCUCGCAGGUGUUGGGUUCAUCUUUCUAUUCCUCAUUUGGUGGCGUUUCUUUUAAUUGCGGACAAAGCGGCCCGGAAACUCGAUACCCGCCAAUAUGAAUGUAUGCAUAGAUAAUGUUUC